CCAGGCCACCCAGAAAUUGACAGGAGCAACCACCAGGUGUCUUGCACGAAGAUGCUACAUCUUAAGCUGGCGCUUCAUCUUUAAACCGUCAGGCCCUACAUUGCUCCUAAAAAUGUAUGUGGAGGGGGCGGUAAGAUUGACGAUCUGACCAUUACCUGGGAUCCUUUACUACCUCAAGAACAGCACAGUCAUGGAAUAUACUACAAAGUGUUUUGGUGUCUGAAAGGCAAAUUGGAAUGGGCUUCAGAAAUUAUUAAGCGUCAAGACAAUAUAGGAUUGGCUGUGGCAAACAUACCGCUUAAUAAUUACUGAACUGAAUACGAGGUUAAAGUUCAAACUUUAAACAACGUGGGCAAAGGACCAGAAAGUGAAGUAGUACUUAUAUACUCAGCCGAAAACAUGCCUCUAGUAGUUCCUCAAAAACCGAAAACUCACGCUUUCAACUCGAACGCUUUCAAUGUUACUUGGGAGUCGAUCGAGUUAACACGCGAAAAUAUAAGAGGAAAACUUAUAGGUCAUCGCAUAAAAUAUUGGAACACUACGCAGGAAGAAGAAGAUGCGGUGUAUUACUUAUCACGGACUACACGUAAUUGGGAUUUAAUAGUAGGUUUACAACCUGAUACCUAUUAUUUUGUCAAAGUGAUGGCAUAUAACGCGGCUGGAGAGGGAUCAGAAAGCGAACGAACCGAAGAGCGCGUAAAGAUUACGAGCUUCAAUGAUCGAUUUAAUCAACGAAAGAAUAGUACACAAAAUUUCACACAAGAAGAAAAGCGGGCCCACCAUAAUGCAUUGGAACGCAAAAGACGUGAUCACAUCAAAGAAAGCUUCACUAAUUUGCGAAAAGCAGUGCCAUCAUUAAAAGGAGAAAAGGCGAGUCGAGCUGAGAUUUUAAAGAAAACUACCGAUUGCAUACAAAAUAUGAGACGAAAAAUUCAGGCUAAUCAAAAAGACGGGAAUGAUCUUAAACAUCAAAUUGCUAUUUUGGAAGAGGAGGUAGACCAGGCAGACGCUAUUACGACUAGUAUGCCGUCUGAAAGCCCCAUUAGAAAUAUAUUUCAUUAUUAAAACGUCUACGAUGGACCAUCAACGUCAGCGCAGGCAGGACUGGCGGAGGAGGUUCGGCGCCUUAAGGCAGAAAUGGAAGCCCUGAGGCAACAACUCGCUACAAACCAAAGCCAACAAGUAGUAACAGUAACAGUAGCUGACAGUCGAGCGCCAACGCAGCAGAGUAAUGGUGAAGGAAAUUUUUUACAAAUGGGUUUUCCAGCCAAUCAUUUUACGCAUGUAUGAACUGAUGACAGAAGCUGAAAAUAUGGUUGCUGUUGCUCAAGUAUCUAAAAAGGUAAUCCUUGCUGGAGAUCCCCAUCAAUUGCAAGCAGUCGUUAUAAACAGAUGUGCUUGUGAACGCGGUUUUUCGCUAUCAUUUUCGGAGAGAAUUAUUUCGCGUGCUCCAUACUUAAGAAAUGUUGAUAGUUUCCCCUUACAUGUGGUUUUGACCUUCGCCUGGUUACAAAAUUACUCUACAAUUACCGGUCGUUGCCAUACUUAAUGUUUAUGAUGAACUGUUUUACAAUGCGGAACUGGUACCAAUGAUAAGAGAAGAGAAUUCUAGACAAGCUAAAAU